UGGGGACAAAAUUGAGUAAGGAGGCAGGAGGAAUGGCUGAUACAGUGAGCGUUGGAGAUAGGGAUGAGGGGAGUACAGAGCGUCCCCUAGGGGAGAUGGACGCUCCCACUAGGCAAAAGGUGGAUACGGAGGUACAUUUGCAAAAGGACCUGGAAUCGCGAGUUCCGAUGAGAGAUAGGAUAGCGGAAGCCUUGAGGGGCAUUCCGGUCGAGACUCGAUGGGCCGAUCAGGUGGGUGCGGAAGAGAGAGGAAGGGGAGGUCCACCGAUGGCGCGAGAUAGAGCAAGCGAUUGGGGACCUCGGCGAGAUGAGGAAGGAGCAAUCCGGCAUAGAGAAGUACUCGGGGGGCGAACAGCUGAAGAUGUCGGAGGCGCGCACCGGUGGGGUGUUCGAGAAGCCGAAACAGCUUGGGCUUCUGGGGAUGUGACUGGUAGGAACGCAGAUCUGACAGGCAGGGUUUGGCGAGAUAUGGGGCCUACAAGAUGGAAUGGGCAGAAGAGGAGAGAUACCCCCGGGAAGAAGGUCCUUGGGGGCGACUUCGGAGGAAACUGGAGACACGAGUCUGGAGGUGGGAAUCAAGGAGCUUGGAGAAGUGAUCGAGAUAGCGGGAUCAAUAGGGGGUCCGAUUGGGGGAGCUCCCACUGGAAGGAUGAGAGGGACGACCGUUGGGGUAACCCUCCUCAAAAUAGGCCCCCGGGUUCAAGACCGGAAGAGCAACCGGCAAGGGUUCCUCCUCUACCUGGGGCUGGACCGGCGAGCAGCUCGGGACCUUCUGCCGGGACUCGUCCUCCCAACCCUACCCCCCGGAGUGGCUGUGUCUAUUGCAACGACGAGAACCACAUCAAACGCGAGUGCCCGCACCUCACAGAGGCGCUAAGACUAGGGGUUGUAAAGUUGAAUGAAAAUAAGUGGGUGGUGUGGGCUGAUGACGGGGAGCCCGUUUUGUUCUACCCUUCUAUGAAGGUGAAUGUGGACAAGCGGAUAGCCCUGCAAGAAGAAAAGCUGAAAAGGAGACCUGAGACUAGCGGAACAGCGGGGACAUCUGGGGUUCAGAUGGCGGAACCCGCCCCAACCCAAGGAAUUUCGAUCCGCGAACCCCAAGUCUCCAGCAUUAAGUUCGUAGAGACUUUCCUCGAAGAGGUCGAGGCCGAUCAGUGCUUAAGGGUGCGGACUCAAGCCCGGGCCAGUUCUUCUGAAGAAAAAGGGCCUGCUCUCGAGAAAAGCGGUACGGACGGGGACCAGCCAAUGACGGAUGCGAAGAUCGAAGAGAAAAAGGAGGCGGAAGGAAAAGGGGAAGGGGAACCCACCUCACCUCGAAAGAGGGGGCCAAAAAAGGUCGAGAUGAAAUGUACCUUAGACGAGAUAGAUACAGUGGUUUCUCUCAGGCGGACUCUGAUGCAGCCCAUGCAAUGCACGCUACUCAAGUACCUCGUGGCCAGUAAGAAUGCGAGAGAUGAACUUUUGAGUAUCACCAAAAAAGUGAGAAUUUCAAUGGGUCAAGGGUCAACAGCCUCGGGUAAUGUGGUAGCCAAGGAAGGUGCUCAGUCCGAGACGACGCAGUCCUCAAGCAUAACUAUGGAAACUCUGUCGGCAAAUUGCUUCUCGAAAGAAGAAAUAACGAGGUUCUAUGUGUUGGGUAGUGGUCAGCUAAAAGUCGCAGUUAACGGGCGAGAUAUGAGGGCAUUCGUGGAUAAUGGGUAUGAAUCGAAUGUCUGUCGGAGCUCGAUUGCUAGAGAAUUGGGACUAGAAAUAGAUAAGGAAAUCGCCAUGUCCAUGGUCGUGGCAGACAACAAGUUGCAGUCGGCCGAAGGGGUUUGCCAUAAGCCGGUAAUCGAGGUCGCGGGGGUAGAAGCUAUUGUGCCAAUCUUUUCCGUGAAGGAAUGCUCGUCGGAACUAAUACUUGGGCGGACUUGGCUAAGUGCGGUGCACGCGACUACGGUUGAUCUCCCCGAUGGGAGUCAGACACUCUCGAUUCAGCCCCCGGACGGAGUGCGUGUGGUCCUCCGGACUGUAGAUGCUCAAGAUGAGCGUAACCGCACUAACAUCCCGAAGAAAGGAGGUGGUAGGUCUAGAAUGUGCCAAGUCCGCCUAGACGAGACCCCUUUUUCCGGGAAAAUGUUUCUGGAAGACAAAAUAGAGGUUGAGGAGAUCGGAGAUAGGAUUGUGAUCAAUGGAGUAGGAUACGGGAAGGAAUCCGAGGAGGAGGAGUUUGAAGGUUGUGUAAAGCUGUCUUUUUGGGGGGAAUCCCUCUAGCCGGCGGAGGUAGGAAACAUAAAACCGUGGCGGAGAACUAGGUCAUUGUAGGAAUCCCUCCUAAAGCACUC